AUGGAAGACUUCAGCGAGAAGAAUAGACGGGUCUUUGAGCGAAUGUCCAAGUCCUAUAAGACCGACUUCAGCAGCGCGCUGGAAACGUUGUAUCGCACAGUCCAGUCUCGUCGCCUCUGGAUCAGUGACAAAUGGACAGACACUGAGGCCGGAAAGGGAAAAGAAAUCAAGGUAUUGGAAUAUGCGUGUGGGCCAGGAACCACUUCACUGGCAUUGGCACCCUUCGUCACUCAGCUCAUUGGAUUGGACAUCGCUGAUGGUAUGGUCAAUGAUUACAACAAUAACGCCCGUGAGGCCGGCCUAGCAGACAAGAUGGUCGGCUACAAGGGUGAUCUCCUCGCGGAAACCGUGCCCGCGGACCUCUCCGGUCCCGAAUUCUUUGACUUUGACGUUGUGAUCGUCAGUAUGGCUCUCCAUCACUUCGAGAAGCCGGAUCUGGCCUUGAAACGGUUUGGAGAGCGGCUGAAAAAGGGCGGCACAUGCUUCAUUAUCGACAUGGUCCCAGACCAUCAUUCUCAUGGCCACAGUCACUACGAUCUCCCUAGUUUGAGUGACGAAUUUAAGGAAACUGGAGAGACGAUUAAGACUCAUGGAUUUGAGCGGGCAGAUAUGCAGAAGCUCUAUGAUGGGGCCGGAGUAGGGAUGAAUUUCGACUACCAAGUGGUGGAUGAAACACUUGCGUUCAAGAAAGAGGGGCAUGACUUUUCCAAGACCAUUUUUGUCGCGCGGGCCCAGCGCCAGUAA